GCUAGCAGAGGAACUGUUUGGGGGGGACCCAGUCUCCCAGCGUUUUUACCCUCUGAUCAUCAUUUUUACCUGGAAACAUGUCUAUUGCAAACAGGGCAGCGGAGUAUAUGCUCACAGACGCUUUACUCCCAGACACCCCUCCGAGCAAGACAGGCCUUCGCCUGGAGCUACCUCUGGACCGUAUUAUUAAGCUGAUCUCUGUCGGCCUGCCGCUGCUGCUCGUCUCUCUGUCAUUCGCCCGGGAACUUUCUUCUGGGUCACAAAUCCUCUGCUUCCCUCCAAAUAAUUUUACAGAGAAACAAGUCCAGUAUGUAGACAAGCACUGCUGGCAGUCCCUCACCCACCACGACUUCUCCUCUGCCAGCAACCCGUACGUCAGGUCGCUAUGGAUACAUAAGGUGUUUCCCUUUACAUUGACGAUUGUGGCUAUUGCGAUGUAUAUUCCGGUCGCUCUCUGGAAAUAUAUUUCCAAGUCCGCACUUUACCCAGAUCUGCUCUUUAUUAUUGAUGAACUGGACAAGUCUUACAACCGGUCAAUCAAACUGGUGCAACACUUACUGAAGACUCACCGGACCUGCCCGGACCCGCAGCUGUUCUGGGAGGAGCUGAAAAGUGCUCGCCACGUGCGCUACUUUGAGUUCCCCCUGUUGGAGAAGUACCUGACCUGCAAGCAGCACUCACAUUACAUCGCACUGACUUACGUCAUGAGGAACAUCCUCCUCCUCAUCCUCAUUGUCUUCACCUGUUUCUACCUGGGAUUCUUUCACCUCAACAUCUUCCACCAAGAGGAGUUCAACUGCCACGUAACGCCCGACUUCCACUCGUCCGCAGCCACGUUCGUCAAGUGCAAAUUAAUAUCAUUAUCUAUAUUCCAAAUCAUUAGCGUGGUGAAUGCGGUCAUCUACGUUCUCUUGGUGCCCGUCAUCCUUUAUAACAUAAGCAAGCUCUUCCACUGGGACAAGCAGUUCUUAAAUGUCUACGAGAUGCUUCCGGCUUUUGACCUCCUGAGUAAGAAGAUGCUCGGCUGCCCCAUCAACGACUUAAACAUUAUUAUUAUGUUCCUUCGGGCCAAUAUCUCCCAGCUGAAGUCCUUCAGCCGGCUCAGCGUUCUCUGUACGCUCAAAGACAAGACCAAGAACAAGGAGAAUAUCGACACAGUUGUGGACUUUAUGACUCUGCUGGUGGGGAUGGACGAAGAUAUCGAAACGCUCAACAAUGCAGGGUGCGACGGGAACGGAGUGACUGGGCACCAGCCAACGGCGAAAGCAGAGAUCUAUGAAAUGGAAAGAAAAGACCAAAAAUAGAAGAAAGCCGAACCUGGGAGAAGGUUUUCCGAUUAUCUUUCACUUCUGUCCUUUUAUUUAAUUUUCUUACUUAAAUUAAAAUGUGUUUAAUCAUCGGAAUUUAGUAACGAUCGGUGACACGGUUUAAUUUUAUAGAUACGAAUGUUAAUGUAUAUUAUGGACAUUUAUUAAUUAAAAAAGAAAAAUGUACAGACUUCUCCUAGCUUCCUGACCGGGCCACUUCUAUAAAUUACACUGGCCAUUCCUUAAUUAAUUAUUGACUGUUUAAUUAUGGUGUAUGAAAAACAGAAACAAUACAAAAA